CAGCCUUGAGAAUUCCAUAGUCGCGUGGUAGUGUAUAAAGAAAAUGCUCAUUUUCUAUAUCUCCAUAUAUGUGUCUUAUCGCCGACGCCUUACAUUGUCGUCUCAGAUCUCUCUCUUACCAUUUGCAUGGAAAAGCUGAGGACUCUCUUUGGCUUCUUCACAAUCUUUUCCAAGUUAUAAAAGUUUUGGGUUGUCGAGCUUUGUGUUCUGAGCUUCUAGGCUUUAGAGAUUGUACAAGAUGGAGAAAGAGAAGUCCGUGAGUCACAGUGGAGGUUCACUGCCUCCGUCAGGGAGGUAUACAGUCUUUUCACCACCUGGGAAUAGUUUUAACGUGAAAUCAGAGCCUUCACCAUCAGCGACUUUGCCUCCCUUGGGACCUGGUGGUACAUCAGAAUCAGUUCAAUUUGGUCAUGGGAUGUCGUCAGACUCUAGUCGGUUUAGCCAUGAUAUUAGCCGAAUGCCCGAUAACCCGCCUAAGAAUAAGGGCCACCGGCGUGCUCAUUCAGAAAUUCUUACCCUUCCUGAUGACAUUAGCUUUGAUAGUGAUCUUGGUGUCGUGGGUGGCAUGGACGGGCCUUCGUUCUCGGAUGAGACUGAAGAAGAUUUGUUUUCUAUGUACCUUGACAUGGAUAAAUUCAAUUCAUCUUCUGCUACAUCCACAUAUCAAAUGGGUGAGCCAUCUUCUGCAGUGGCUCCAGCACCAGUUCCAGCACUGGCAUCAACAGCAGCAACCCUUUCAGCUGAGAAUGUGGUCCCUUCCUCUAGUGAGAGACCAAGAGUUAGGCAUCAACAUAGCCAGUCCAUGGAUGGGUCUACUACAACUAAACCGGAGAUGCUUAUAUCGGGUACAGAAGAGACAUCUGCAGCCGAUUCUAAGAAAGCCAUGUCUGCUGCUAAGCUUGCUGAGCUUGCUCUCAUUGAUCCAAAGCGUGCUAAAAGGAUUUGGGCAAAUAGACAGUCAGCUGCAAGGUCAAAGGAAAGGAAGAUGAGGUACAUAGCCGAGCUUGAACGAAAAGUCCAGACUCUGCAAACAGAAGCAACUUCAUUGUCUGCUCAAUUGACCUUGUUGCAGAGAGAUACAAAUGGUCUAACUGCUGAAAACAGUGAACUGAAACUGCGGUUGCAAACAAUGGAGCAACAGGUUCAUUUGCAAGAUGCCUUGAAUGAUGCACUGAAGGGGGAGAUCCAGCAUAUGAAAGUACUAACUGGCCAAACUAUUCCGAAUGGUGGACCCAUGAUGAACUUCCCUCCGUCUUAUGUAGCCAACCAGCAAUUUUAUCCCAGCAACCAUGCUAUGCACACAUUGUCAACUGCACAGCAGUUUCAACAUCUGCAGCUUCAUUCCCAGAAGCAGCAACACCAGAUUCAACCGCAUCAAUUGCACCAGUUUCAGCAGCAACUUCAGCCGCAGCAGCAGCAGGAACAACAUCCUCAACAAACUGGAGAUAUGAAAAUGCGAGGCUCCAUGCCAUCUCCGAGCCAUAAAGAAAAUGCUUCAGACAUUGAGGAGUGAAAUUGGCAUGUUGGCCAGGCACUUGGGGAUUAGGGGUCAAGUAAUUGUUCAAAAUCUUUGGUUACAAUCUUUUGUGAGAAAGGUUGUUUUGCCAUUAUGUUUAGUUGUUUAGAUGCAUCUCUAUGACAUUAUUUUCUAGUCAGUUAAAAUUGGUUUUAGUUAAUAGAGUUUGAUUUA